UCAAUGUGAGACGGUAGUUAGAACUACAGCAAUGAUAGAGAAAGAAUGGUGAAUGGCGAAUGGUCCACCCCACCCCACCCUAUCCGAGAUCACAGAAGCAGCUCCGACUAAUCCGCUUAGGUCGGAUCUAUUUCCCACCACUCUUCACUUAUUUCCACCUUUGGUUUCAUUUCAUCUCAUCUCACAACAACAAACUACCUCCCAUCAUUCUAUUUCCAACCCUCAUCAACAACCUCCUCCAUAGCCUCUUCUCCAAAAAAAUACACUAACAAUUAAAAACUUGAAAACAUUAUCCUUCUAAAAAAAAUUCACACUCGUAUUGCAUAAAUAAUAAAACCAAAGGAGCAUGACAUCCAGGAGGGAAAUAUCAAUUUCAGCAACCAUUGCGAAGCUGGCACGUUGUUGUUGAAUGGGCAAUGUUACGGGGAGCGUGGCGGCGAGAUUGGCGUUUUUCCCGCCGGAGCCGGCGACGUACAGGGUUUCCCGGGAGCAGGACGGGAGGGUGGUGGUGUCGGGUGCGGGUUUGAGCGAGGACAGGGACCUGGUGGCUCACGUUCUGGAGACGAAGGGCGGGAACAGGAUCGUUGCCACGUUCUGGAAGCACACUUUUGCGAGGUUCACGUUGCUCUACUCGCAUGGCAACGCCGCUGACUUGGGACAGAUGCAUGACCUCUUCCUUGAACUCAGGGCUCACCUCCGCGUCAAUAUCAUGAGCUAUGACUAUGCAGGAUAUGGAGCAUCUACAGGUAAGCCAUCUGAGUUCAACACAUAUUAUGACAUAGAGGCUGUGUAUGAUUGUUUGAAGAGUGAAUAUGGCAUUAAGCAAGAAGAUUUGAUUUUGUAUGGUCAAUCAGUUGGUAGUGGGCCCACAAUACAUUUGGCUACUAAGUUACCUAAUUUGAGAGGUGUUGUUCUUCACAGUGGCAUCCUUUCAGGGAUAAGGGUCUUAUACCCUGUUAAGGUGACAUUUUGGUUUGACAUAUUCAAAAAUAUAGACAAAAUAAGGCACGUUGACUGUCCAGUCUUGGUUAUACAUGGAACUAAUGAUGAAAUCGUUGACUGGUCCCAUGGAAAAAGAUUGUGGGAACUUUCCAAGGAAAAAUAUGACCCUUUGUGGGUUAAGGGUGGGGGUCAUUGCAACCUUGAGGCUUUCCCAGAGUACAUCAAGCACUUGCGCAAGUUCCUAAAUGCCAUGGAGAAACUCUCAAUCACAGGAGAGACAAACAAACAACCCACUCAUGAUCCUAGUGAUACUGAAGAAGAACACAAACAUAACAAAUGUUUAAGAUUUGGUUUAAGAUAGCUUUAUCUAUUUGAGGUUUUACACGUAGGAAAACAGAACCGUGCUUUGUUUGAAGGUUGAGACCAACACUACUUUCACUCAGGUUCAAGAUUUAGAAGUUAGUCUAUUUCUUAGGAAUUGAGGGAUGUCUUUGAUCAAAAUCCUGCUGAAAUGACCAUUUCUUGGAUGGAGAAAACUCGCAAGUGGUGUUCAGGGCGUGUCCAAUUUGGCCUAAGGCGAAAUUUACAUUUAAAUUUAAAUUUAUUAUUUUAUUUAUU